GACUAGCAAUCCUGCCAGCAUACUGCAAUGCACUCAAGCCCGCCCUUUCAUGUCCAUUUCACCACGUUAUUGCUUCUCCCUCUCUCCCCUGCAUCUCCCUCUCUCCUCCCUCUCUCCCUUUCUUCUCCCUCUCUCCCUUUCUUCUCCCUCUCUCCCUUUCUUCUCCCUCUCUCCCUUUCUUCUCCCUUCCUCCCUUUCUUCUCCCUCUCUGCCUUGCUUCUCCCUUGGGUGCGACAUUCCUCAGCCUCACCCUGUCACGUCUGUCUGACCCUCUGGAGCCCCGAACCACAACUAGCAUUGUACUCACAUCCCGCACUGCACCCAUCCCAAGUCCUCAGCCUCACCCUGUGGCGUCUGCCCCACUGGAGCCACUUGCAAAACCGUGCUGUCAUUCGAUAGAGAGAUGUGGGAAUGUGGAAUUCCACAUAUCAGUGUAUGGUGGUAUGUAUGAGUGUGGGAAUCAUGGUGGUGCAGACAAACAUUGCCCGGACUCCUUUCUCACUGACUAUGGUGUUGACAGCACUGACUAUGGUGUUGACAGCACUGACUAUGGUGUUGACAGCACUGACUAUGGUGUUGACAGCACUGACUAUGGUGUUGACAGCACUGACUAUGGUGUUGACAGCACUGACUAUGGUGUUGUCUGCACUGACUAUGGUGUUGACAGCACUGACUAUGGUGUUGACAGCACUGACUAUGGUGUUGACAGCACUGACUAUGGUGUUGACAGCACUAUGGUCACUGACUAUGGUGUUGACAGCACUGACUAUGGUGUUGACAGCACUGACUAUGGUGUUGACAGCACUGACUAUGGUGUUGACAGCACUGACUAUGGUGUUGACAGCACUGACUAUGGUGUUGACUGCACUGACUAUGGUGUUGACUGCACUGACUAUGGUGUUGACAGCACUGACUAUGGUGUUGACAGCACUGACUAUGGUGUUGACUGCACUGACUAUGGUGUUGACAGCACUGACUAUGGUGUUGACAGCACUGACUAUGGUGUUGACAGCACUGACUAUGGUGUUGUCUGCACUGACUAUGGUGUUGACAGCACUGACUAUGGUGUUGACAGCACUGACUAUGGUGUUGACAGCACUGACUAUGGUGUUGACAGCACUGACUAUGGUGUUGUCUGCACUGACUAUGGUGUUGACAGCACUGACUAUGGUGUUGACAGCACUGACUAUGGUGUUGACAGCACUGACUAUGGUGUUGACAGCACUGACUAUGGUGUUGACAGCACUGACUAUGGUGUUGACAGCACUGACUAUGGUGUUGACAGCACUGACUAUGGUGUUGACAGCACUGACUAUUGUGUUGACAGCACUGACUAUGGUGUUGUCUGCACUGACUAUGGUGUUGACAGCACUGACUAUGGUGUUGACAGCACUGACUAUGGUGUUGACAGCACUGACUAUGGUGUUGACAGCACUGACUAUGGUGUUGUCUGCACUGACUAUGGUGUUGACAGCACUGACUAUGGUGUUGUCUGCACUGACUAUGGUGUUGACAGCACUGACUAUGGUGUUGACAGCACUGACUAUGGUGUUGACAGCACUGACUAUGGUGUUGACAGCACUGACUAUGGUGUUGACAGCACUGACUAUGGUGUUGACAGCACUGACUAUGGUGUUGACAGCACUGACUAUUGUGUUGACAGCACUGACUAUGGUGUUGUCUGCACUGACUAUGGUGUUGACAGCACUGACUAUGGCACUGACUAUGGUGUUGACAGCACUGACUAUGGUGUUGACAGCACUGGCUAUGGUGUUGACAGCACUGACUAUGGUGUUGACUGCACUGACUAUGGUGUUGACUACACUGACUAUGGUGUUGACAGCACUGACUAUGGUGUUGACAGCACUGCCUAUGGUGUUGACUGCACUGACUAUGGUGUUGACAGCACUGACUAUGGUGUUGACAGCACUGACUAUGGUGUUGUCUGCGCUGACUAUGGUGUUGUCUGCGCAUGCUUCCUCCUGGAUGACUUCUGCCUCCACUCCAUGAGACCCCCUCUCCCCUCUAUUCAAUAA